UUGAGUUUGUUCUGCUUAAAACCCUAUCCCUAAGUCUGAGUCGCGUAGGCUCUGCUCCGGUUAGGGUGGGCAGCCAUGGUGCGAGCAUGUGUGUGUGAUCAUCGUAUUCGAUCGAGAGAGAUAUUCAUUACGGAAGCAUUCCACGAGAUUCAGCACGAUGUAAAUUGGGUAGUCUUCGUGGGCAUUAACUGCUUGGUGGCUCUGACGCCUUCUCUGACAAUCUGGUCUGAGUGGCGCGCACACGCGUGAACUUAUCUUUUAUUCUAGGAGAGCAGAGCUUGCAGUGUUUUUGACGAAAGUGUGUCGCAAGGAACCAGCAUCCAAAGUCAAGGGCCUCUUCUAGCUUUGAACCUUUGGUUUUCCAUUGGUGUACAGCAUGACAUUAUACACACAAUUUAUCAGCUCCCAGUAACGAUUGAAGUAGGUUACUUUAGUUUUGGAAUGCUUGUGCUCUUACUAUUGAUUGAAGUAGGAAGUAUGACAUUCACUUGGAAAAUGUGUUGGGCUACACAACGUGAAUUAAAGGAUGGUCAUGGGCGAGGUUCCGCAAAGGAUUGAGCACAUUCUUUCUGAAAAUUGAAAUAUAGAGCAUUGGGGAGUUUGAGGAGCCAUGCCUCUUGUCAGGUAUGAGGUGCGGUGUGAGCACAGUUUGGCCAACCCGGAGUUGUUCCGCUCAGCUUCUCGCGAUGACCCCGAGGGCCUUCUGGAGGGUGUGGCUAUGGCAGGUCUUGUUGGCAUUAUUCGCCAGCUUGGUGACCUCGCUGAGUUUGCAGCAGAAGUGUUCCGGGACCUGCACAAUGAAUUGGUUACUGUUGGGGGACGGACGCAUGAUUUAACCGUACGAGUGCAGUCGCUAGAGGCUGAGCUACCCGCAGUGGAAAGGGCUUUGCUUUCAGAACCGAAUCAGCUUCGAUUUGCCUACACUAAUGGUGCGGACUGGCAUGUCAGCAUACGAAGUGACCAAAAUCAUUGCACAUCCGGUGAAUUGCCACGCUUCAUCCGCAACUUCUAUGAGGAAUGUCGAGGACCACCUCGUCUAUUCCUCCUUGAUAAGUUUGAUGUUGCAGGGGCUGGAGCCUGCUUAAAGAGAUACACAGAUCCAUCUUUCUUUAAGGUGGAAUGGGCCAGCUCUGAGCUCAUGAAAGCUCAACGAGCCCAGCGUGAGAGAAAGGCACGGCGAGAUAAGAAGAAGGGCAGGCGACGCAAGACUGGGCAGCCCAUUGCUGCAGUGACUCAAAUUCCAGCGAGGGUACGUUAUGGUUCAGCUAGUUUAGAGGAUCUGGAUACUUUUUCACAUCUAUUGGCCUCAACUCUGAAGGAUGAAGUUCCUUCAUCACAUUCUGUCUCAGGCGCAAGCCAUGGACAUGGGAGUCAAGCCCAAGCUCAAAGACGAUCGAACCUCGGCCCCAAAAAUAGAGUAGCUGGAGGACAAUUGCCAUCAACUGGAGUCUUAUCGCCUCAGGCUGAAGGAGUCUCAUCAACACCCUUGAAAAUCAGUGCCAAGGAUAUUGAAGCCAACAUAUCUAGGAAGUUUUAUCAUCCCAUUGAACCGGGGAAUGCUGCAGAAAGUCAGGGAGGCAAAAUUUCAAAGAUAAUUGAGAUGGAAAAUCGUGAUUCUGUACCUUCUGUUGGACUGAUUCCUAGAAGUGGGGAUAUCAAAAGCCCUAAAGGUGCGAAUGAGUCGAAAGUUUCACCAUCUGAUGUCGAGGCAAAAGAGACAAACCGUGUUGUUAGAGAGGAUCUUGAAGUGGGCGCAAUCCCUCAUAUUGAAAACGAUUUGCAAGAAAUAUCAAGGGGUGACGCCUCAAUGGAGGAAUUGCAGGGGUCAGAUUUUGGUAGAGCUUCAAAAAUCAAUACGGCUGAUAUCCCAUCAAGAGAGGACGCCGCAGUGGAUGACAAGGAAGGGGUAAACAUUGUUGAUUUGAGAUCAUUAUCUGAUAGCGCAGUUAUUGGUUCUGGGUUCUCAGGUUCUCAAGCAAAUUCAUCAACAAGUUCAGGAGGACCUAGUAUAAGUGAUGUCGACUUGGCUAAUGCACAAGUUUCAUCUACAUCUGGAGGUCUUUCAGGUGCUAGCAGCACGGCGGAAGAAUUUGUUAGUCUAGCACGUGGGUCGGACCCUGUUCAUGGUUUGGAUGAACAGCUAAGUUACAGUAGCACUGAGCCUCCUGCGGGUGUUCGUGCUCCUUCAGCUGCUGCAUUUGAAGUCGAAGGCUUGCCAGCUUCUGGAGACCCUGCAUUUCAUGAUGAUCACCUAUCAAAAAUUAAGAGAGUACACAACAAUGUGAUGGAUUCUUCUGAAGCCUCACGGAAUGCGGAGGAAACAGUUUACAAAGAGCCCUAUCUCCCUCCUAUUCGAAUUGAGGAAGUAUUUGAUGACGAGGGUUCACGUACGAUCUCAGCAGCAAGUCCAACACCCUCGUCCCAGUGCUCUUCACAAAGAGAGGACAUACAACCAAGUAACUCCAUGCUUUCUAGGCUAUCGUAUUCAUCUGAACUCGCAUCAGUAUCCAGUGGCUCAGAAUUGGCUUCCCCUGUGUCUUCAAAAUCUCCUGCCUUCAAUGCUCUUUAUUCACCAUCUAGGUCUCCUAGAAUCUCAGUAGACAUUACUAAAUCUCCUCCAGGGAUAUACUCACGACCAGCACGUCGUUCUGAUCGCGGCAGUCCACGGUCAGGGACCCCUGUCCUUUCUUCGUCUCCUGAACCACCGUCGGCAUCGGUAUGGACAGAUGGAGAAGAUCAUGCUGGUCCUUCGCGUCCUCCUCCGCCUCCAACUCCCGUGACCGUCAUCGAGACUGGUUCCCACUUUGACAGUGAUCAAGAAACCAAUUCUGUGGAACCUCGAUUCUACCCUUCUCCUUCACCGCGUGCGAAUCUCAAGUCAGGAUCGGAGCCUGACAGCGUGCCUUUACAACCAAAUGAAGGAUCUGGUUAUAUUUCUAAUCUUAGUGAAAAUGCUGGAAACUUACAUGCAGAGUCUGAAAGUUCGAGCCUAGGAAAUCUAGAACUCAAACACAAGCCAUAUUCUAGUGAAGACCUUAAGACUCCUUCUGAGCCUGCAUCUGCGCAUAUGGGAACCGAAGUCCCAUAUCGCAGUACCCCAUUAACUUCUCUUACUUCUGACCUUCGGUCUGGAACUGGCCUAGAUGAAGCCGGCCCUUCCUCUGAACUUCGCCAAGGUCCCGCAUCUAAUCCUGCUUUUGCGAAUUUUGUUAGAUCUUCUUUGAUCCUUCCGCCUCAUCCUUCAGAGAGUCCCGCGUCAAGUGUCCAUACAAGUCCACUAGGAACCCCCAAACAUCGGUCCCAGUGUAUUUUUGUCACCAAUCCAAGUGUAAAGUUCGCUCCAAGUCCUCUUGGACAAGUCGCAAGUUAUGACUCCCAUAGUCAUUCCGUGAAAGAUGAAGAAAGUUUACCUUCAAGUCCUACAGGAAGUGUUAUCAUUAAAGACACGCCGAGCCCACCAGGGAGCCCCGCAUCAAAUUAUUCUGAGAAUGAGUCUGAAAUCCAUGAAUUUCAAUCUCACAGUCGAGCUAAGAGUCCUGUGUCACCUCGUUCCGUGGCGCAUGCCUUGGAAGAUGAUCAUGACGAGCGAGCUGGAAGUAAUACUGGUGUACCUCAGGACCCCAGGUUUACAUCAUCUCAAAGCGGACAACCAAUUGCUGGGAGUGUUCAGGAGGCUGGACUAGUGAAAGCUGCAUCAGAAAACAUAGAUUAUCGUGCUGAUAGUCCUCCAGAAGGCCGUGUGGAUGCUCCUUUGACACGAAUUUCACCUCACCAUGGCAUGGCUCAUGAGGCAUCAUUACAAGCAAGUUCGCCAAUCAGUAUGCAGUUAGAUUCUGGCCGUACCAGCCCAUUCGGUGGUAUGGACGCAGCCGAUCUUAGACCCAUUUUAACUACAAGGUUAUCACCCAAGUCGCGAAACAGCUCUGCGUCGAAUUCUCCUCCGGAUUCUCCACCCCUUAGGGAAUAUCUUGCUGGAGAGGACGAGGAUUCGGCUUUUCAGUGGGCUGGAAGAUCCCAAACAGAUUUGCCAUCCAAAAUGGAAAUCGGAGUUUCACCUGGCUCAGAAGCGUCUAAUUCACCCCCAACUUCUCCACCCAAGUUCUUAGAUCGUGCUAGCUCUUUGAAGUGGCGGGGUCGAUCUGAGUCUGCUUCACUCUAUCCGGACUCCUCACUCCCACCAAAUCUAGUUUGCCGGUCUGAGAUUAGCUCUCCAUCUUCUUCACCUCCUCCACAAUCAGAUAUGGAGUCUCCAAAGGAAUGGGACGAAGGGUCAUUAUUUUCAGAUAGUUCAGAUUCUUCAGAAGAGACAGCUGUGGAAGUUGCAGUUUCGGAAGUGUAUCGCCUGCCAGAUUCACCCCUUCCUCCAGACUCGCCAACAAUGUCGGAGGAGGACGAUCAUUCAUCAGGACCUUCCUCUAAACCAGAAUUUGAUGAAGACGAAGAUACUACGGUUGAUCAUGAGCAUGACAUUGUGCGUACAACAGCUACUUCAGCUUCUCAACAUCCCUCUGACUCUUCUUCUUCAGCAUUAUCGAAAGGGUCAGAUGAGGUGCUUUCAGGUGAACCAAAAGUCUCAAAUGAUGAUUCCCAGAUCAGGGACGCACAGUUGGGAACUUCUACUUUUGGUUCCUCAACUCCGUCUUUUUUACCAGUUACUCUCUCACGGUUGGACACUAACCAACAUCCUAUGAAAAUUAAUUCUACAACUCAAGCACAAGAGUCACCGCCAUCUCCAGCAGCACCAGAACCUACGAUCAAUCCUACCAAAGAUCCGAUGGCAACUGCCGCACAACACAAUUGGAAUUUGAUAAAGGCAUUGACGUUUCAAGAUCCUGGUCAUAGUAAACUUCUGCAGUCUGAUGAGAGAUUCAUAAUGCAGGACCAAACAACUAAGUACUUUGAUCUACGGCGGACUGAGAGUACAGAAAAGAAAGUUCCAUUAAUUCGACCUUCAGCAAAUAUCAAUGUCGCCGCCAUUCUGGAGAAAGCAAAUGCUAUUCGACAGGCUUAUGUUGGAAGUGAUGGCGAAGAUGACGAUGAGGAUGAUUGGAGCGAUUCUUAGCAUCAAGUACAUAAUAUAAUAAUAGAUUUUACCUUGCUCACCUUUGUAUGAAAAAAACUCCAGUUCCAGAGUUCUGGCAGUAACCCUUCAUAUCAAGAUGGCGUCUGCGUCCUUCGAGAUACCCUUGUGAAUCAAUGGAAUUUUUUCUCAGCAAGAGAAACCAAUUUAGCUAGAGAAUGUCAGCCAUUUAAUAGCUCUCCCCUUCAGAGCUUGCCCAGGAUCAAUAGAUUCAAUAGCACAGGCUUCAUGCCAUUUCAUGUAGGCAAGCUUGAUGAUGUUCGGCUGGGGGUAUUGGUUUUUGUACUAUAUAGCUAUGAUCGGGCAGAAGUUGCAGGUAUGAUCAGAUAGGUAGUAGGAAGUGUUGAGAAGCAGCGAUGCUGUGAAAAGCUGCGAGUAGUGUAAACUAAGUGGUACGUUCUUGUGACGUUGCUGUGUACAAUUUAUGCCUGAACACUUAAAGAGUUGCAGGAUGAAGGUUUCUGUGUC